GGCACCUUGAAGGCGCGUCCCCGCCAAAACGGCGUAUUUUAAAAAGACAUCCGCCAGGCCAGUCUUGCCGCCGUCUCAUUCACUCGCCAUUCGAGCAUCCCAGCAACUACCCCACCCCAUCCCGAAGCGCCCCGAGCGAGAAAAGCAACACGCGCAAUGCCGGCUUCAAGGCCCCCGCAGAAUGGCCCCGCCGCCGAGGGCGAGGGCGACGAGUUCGAGCCCGCCAUGCUGGACGAGGACGAGGCGCAAGAGGUGGUCGAGGCGGGCGACGACGACGGCGACGUGGCCAUGGACUCUGACGGAGAGGACGACAACGGCGGCGAGUACAACGGCGAGGGCGAAGAGGCCAUGACGCUCGAGAACGACAGCAUCGCCUACAUGGACCGCCACAAGGACUCGGUCUUCGCCAUCGCCCAGCACCCGCUGUACCCCCACCUCGUCGCCACGGGCGGGUCCGAGGGCGACGCCGACGACGCCCCCGGCAAGGGCUACGUGAUCGACACGUCGGCCGCCGCCCCGCGCCCGCGCCCCGUGCUGCCGCCCAGCUACAACGCCGACGCUGGUGCCGGCCCCGCCCCGCUGCAGAACACGGAGCUGGAGCCCAUCUUCGCCAUCGACGGCCACACUGACAGCAUCAACGCGCUGGCCUUCACCCAGCCGCGCGGCGAGUACCUGGUGAGCGGCGGCAUGGACGGCCGGCUGCGCGUGUACAGUGUGGCCGUCAAUGGCUCGACGGGCGCCGCCAGGAUCGCCUUUGUCGGCGAGUCGCAGGAGACGGAGGAGGUGACGUGGCUGGCGCCGAGUCCGUCGGCUGAGUACGCCAACACGAUCGCCUUCGGCGCGUCCGACGGCUCCGUGUGGGUGCUAUCCAUCGACGCGGCCGCCGAGCCGGCGAUCCAGAUCGUGCAGUCAUACUUUUUGCACACGGGGCCGUGCACCGCCGGUGCGUGGUCGCCCGACGGCCUGCUGCUGGCGACGGUCAGCGAGGACGGGUCGCUGCACGUGUUCGACGUGUGGGGCGCCGCCGCCGCCAAGUCGCUCGUCACCGACAACGGCCAGACGGUCGUGUCGCUGACCGAGGCCGACCAGCGCUUCGCCGUCGAGGGCGGCUUCUUCUCUGUCGCCGUCGCCCCCAGCGGCACCUUCCUCGCGGCCGGCGGCGCCGGCGGCGCCAUCCGCAUCGUCUCGCUGCCCCGCCUCACCACACCACAAACAUCAACAACAACACAAUCACAACACCGCGGCGGCUCCGCAACAACAAGCGACCAGUCGUCGCACGUGGCGGGCACGAUCCUGGCGGGCAUCAACACGCAGGCGGACAGCAUCGAGUCGCUGUCCUUCUCGCCGGCGCCACGAACACUUUUGGCGGCUGGCAGCGUAGACGGCAGCAUCGCCGUGUUCGACACGUCGCGGUCGUUUGCGCAGCGGCGGAUCGUGCGGGCCGCGCACGACGGCGAGCCGGUAGUAAAAGUCGAGUUCGUGCGGUCGGCGCCCACAGCCGCGGCUGCCGGCUGGCUGCUGACGUCGUGCGGGCUCGACGGCGUAGUGCGCCGCUGGGACCUGCGCGGCGCCACGCCGUCGCAGAACGCCGUGUCGGGUGCCGAGGCCACGGGGCUUGUCAAGGAGUGGCGCGGCCACCGCGGCGGCGGCGGCGAGGGCGGCGGCGUCCUCGGCUUCGUCCAGGGCGACACGGGCGAGCGCGUUGUUACCGCUGGUGAUGAUAGUGUUGUCUUGGUCUUUGAGGCGUGAUGCUCCCCUAGCAAGUUGCGUGCGGAUAUUAAAAACAAAAGACAAAGAAAAUAAAACUUGCAUGGAUGGAGCCGAGUAGCGACCAAAGCCCUGUGCGCUCUGUCUGCGGUGCGGUCUCGUCUAGAAGGGAAGGGGAAGGGG